AUGGAAAAUUAUAUCGAAGCAGAACUAUCAGGAAUGACAUGUAAAGUGUUACGAGUCUUUAAAAAGAAUGAAGCAGGGACCUCCAAUCUACCAUCAACAGCGUCACCGGUGACGCUGCUUCUGCUGCUGCUGCUGCUGCUGUUGCUGCAAAAGCCAAAACAUCAAAACAAAAAGAAUAUGAAUACUGCAUUUGAAGAUUUGGAUCCUGAAUCUCUAUUAUUCCAAGAUACACCAACAUUAUGUGAUACUACUUCAUCCAUCAAGCAUUUAGAAGAUGAAUAUCGACCAUUAUCGAAAAAUCAAUUGAAACGAUUAGCCAAGAAGAAUCAAAAGGAUAAAAAACUAUUAGAAUUGAAAUCUUUGGAAAAUAAUACCGAAAUUUUUUAUCAAGAAUUAAUGAAUACUGAAGCAUUGAUAUUACUCACCAUUGUGGAAGAAUUUGAUCUUAGUGAAAGAAUCCCCGGUUGGAUUGGUAAAAAAUUGAAUAAAUGGUUUGGGAAAAAUUCCAAAUUUCCUAUUUUAUGUAUUCGAUUUGGAUUAUUAGGAUUCCAUUGGCCAUUUAAACGAUCUACGUUUUAUUGUAGUGCCACUAAGAAACCAGUAGCUCGUGGUGCUGCAGUUUUAUACGCCAUAUCACAAUGGAAUGCUCAACAUGAGAAAUUAACCGUAUUAUUGGAUCCAACAUAUAAAGAUGUGAAUUUUGAAGCUGGGAUAACUUCGAGUGGAUGGUAUAAGAUCAAAUUACCCAAUUCUCAUAUUAUCGAUUUACGACCAUUUCAAAAUCAAACCAGUACAGAUUAUUUCAAAGCCAUCAAAUAUCGAACUCAAGAUAAUAGUUUUAAACAAGCUCAUGGACAAGUGAUUGAAACUAAUGUAUUUAAUUAUGAAAAUUGUCAGGAAAUCAUUAAUAUGAAUCAAAAUAUUUCUCAAAAUAGACAACUGUCAGGACAAUCACAACAAUUAUUACAACCAGAUUGGGAAUUCAUUUAUAAUUUAGGCAAUUUUUCUAAUGAAAAAAAAUAUCGAUCGUUAUUGUUUUUAAAAGUUGAUAAUCAAAUCAUUGCUUCAUGUGUGAUAUUCCGUUUGGGUGAUACCAUGACCUCAGAUAUCCAAGGUUUGGAUCAUGCUAUAAGUAAAAAAUAUAAAGCAUAUUUUGUAAUGAUGCAAGAAGUUAUUAAAAUUGGAUUGAGAGAAGGAGUUAAAUUUAUYGAUUUUGGUCCCACAACUGAAGAAGCUAAAGUUACUAUUGGUUGUAAUGUUGUACCAUUAUGUGGAUCAAUUUACCCGAAAAAUAAAUUCUUAGGACCCAUCAUAAAGUUUGCUGCCAGUAAAGUUGAUGUAUAG